GCCUUCAUUUGUAGAAUUUUAGUUUUAAAGCAAAUUUAAAAACUAUCGAUCUAACCUCAUUCUUAUCUUGUGUUGAGUAGUCUAGUCUGCCUAGUUGUCUACAGUAAACGCAGUAAGGCGGUCCUGAUUAGGUUUCUUAAAAAAGAAAAGAACUCGGACUUUAGUUAGUUUUGUCUAAUUAUUUCUGAAUUUAUUAACUUCUGGCUAAAAUAAUGGCUUUUACGGAUGUUGCUCGGCAGCCGGGUCAAGGAGUCCGGCCCCUGUCCCUGGCAGGCCAUGUGGGCUUUGACAGCCUCCCAGAUCAGCUUGUCAACAAGUCUAUCUGCCAGGGCUUCUGUUUUAAUAUUCUCUGCAUUGGUGAGACUGGUAUCGGAAAGUCUACCCUGAUGGACACCCUGUUCAAUACGAACUUUGAGAAUUUAGAGUCAUCCCACUUUGAGCCUCAAGUGAAACUGCAUGCCCAAACCUAUGACCUGCAGGAGAGCAACGUCCGACUACGCCUCACCGUGGUCAACACCGUAGGCUUCGGAGACCAAAUGAACAAACAAGAGAGCUAUCAGCCAGUGGUGGACUAUAUCGACCGGCAGUUUGAGAGUUAUUUACAGGAGGAGCUAAAAAUCAAACGCUCUCUUCACAACUACCAUGACUCGCGAGUCCACGCUUGCCUUUACUUCAUCUCUCCCUCAGGUCAUUCACUUAAAUCCCUGGACCUGGUCACGAUGAAAAAGCUAGACAGUAAGGUGAACAUCAUCCCUGUGAUCGCCAAAGCUGACACCAUCAGUAAGAGCGAGCUACAUAAAUUCAAGAUUAAAAUCAUGAGUGAGCUGGUCAGCAAUGGCGUCCAAAUCUAUCAGUUCCCCCUGGAUGAUGAGACCGUCGCUAAGGUCAACACUUCAAUGAAUGGUCAUUUGCCGUUUGCUGUAGUAGGCAGCACGGAGGAAGUCUCCGUUGGCAAUAAGAUGGUGAAGGCUCGUCAGUAUCCCUGGGGUGUAGUACAAGUGGAGAACGAGAGUCACUGUGACUUUGUGAAGCGGAGGAGAUCUGAUCUGUGUAAAAAAGGAGACUUGAGGCAGACACACACACGCCACUAUGAGCUGUACCGGCGCUGCAAGUGGAAGAAAUGGGAUUUAAGACACGGAAACCCCGAGUGCAACCCGUCAGCAACUAUGAGGCCCAAACGUCAGGAGUUCCGGUGGGCUGCAGAAGAGAGAGGACGGAUGAGGCAGAUGUUUGUGCAGAGGGUGAAGGAGAAGGAGGCUGAGCUGAAGGGGGCUGAGAGAGAUCUGCAAGGCCGUUUUGAGCAGCUGAAGCGUCUCCACGCAGACGAGAAAGCCGCCCUGGAGGAGAAGAAGAGACUCCUGGACGAGGACCAGAGUUCUUUUGGCAAGAGGCGAGCUGCGGCCCAGCUCCUGCAGGCCCAGAGCCUCACCGCCAACGGCAAGAAGGACAAGGACCGCAAGAAGUAA